GCAACAAGGAUAGAAUAAUACGCUGGAGUACUCGGGUGGUGUUUCUGAACGCAGUCUUUGCGACACCCAGUCACACCACGGCACACUGAAAAGUUGAGACGGUCUCAACUUUUCCCCCCCUACGUCGAGAAGUCACUAGAGAACUCAUUUGCCGCUGGUUUCUAGCGUCAACAAAAUUGCACCUUAUCGAAUUAAAACUUGCGAGACCUCGUUAGAUUUAAUGGCGGGGCAUAGGAUAUCGCGUUUAAACUUGGAAUUUUUACGUUUCGGAACUUGUAAUUUUUACGCGACAACUUAAAGUCGCGCUGCAUCGUCGUCAUGAAUGACACUCUAUUGUGGUCAACAAUAAGGCUGAAAUCACAUGGUGCAGAAUAGGAGUACGGAAUAGAGAGUGCGUUAUAGAAGCAACCAAUCAGAGCUUUGCCGUAUCAACGAGUGACGGAAAUGUUUGGCCGGCCUGUUCCCAUGGUGCGUCAUAGACGACGUAUUGGGUUAACACAUUUUGCAACGAGAUACGAACAGGUUAGAGAAGCAACUUCGCGAGUUUUCCGGUGUACGUGCUGAGAUACGCUGUGGUGAAUUUUAAUGUUCGGACAAACGGAGAUGAAAACAAUGGACGCGAGUCCGCGGGAUGUUAACGAAAGUGUGUUGAAGUUGGUGAACAGCAUUCACUAUGGAGAAAUCAAGGGCACCUACAACAUCGUGGUGGCCACUAUCUCCAUGUUCAAGGAGAUCAUCAGCAAUACAGAAUGGGGAACAGCAAAAUGUUAACACAAUUGAAGAACCGAUGGAAGACAGUAACCCCUUAAGCACAUCUGGAAUCAAUAGCAAUAUUUCUGAAAACAGUAGCUUCAUCGAGCAUACAAAACGUCCAAGGAAGAAAUCUGAAGACGUAGAAUUUCAGAAGCAUUUGGUUAACAUUCUAUCGGAGUGUAAUAAGCCUCCUGAUGGCAUCGAUGGAUUCUUAAUUUAUUUGGGUGACAUUUUGAAAAGAUUACCGUUCAAAGCAAGAAGAGCUCUUCAAAAAGCAAUUUUCGAUUUAGCUUACGAAGCGGAAGAAAGAGCAGGAUUUACUAAAUAAUAUUUAUAAUUUACUAAAAAGUGUGCAAAUU